GAUUUUCUCUGGACUUGUCGGUCCGAGAGCCUCGGCAACCGAGAGCCAGUCGCCUCCGCGCAUUCUCGAUAUUGCAUAUUCCCUUACCGCACUGGGCCAUGGCGCCAGGACGCGCCGCCGCGAUGAUGGCCGCGCUGGCAAGCCGCGCGGCCUCCAUCGCAAUGCACUCUGCCCAGACACCGACACUCUCCAUGGACAAAGGCCGGCUCGAAGACCCGCAGAGCCGGAUCGAGGAUCCCGCGAACCGGCUGAAGAAGACCGCCGCGGAGAUUGCAGACCGGCUCGCCAGGGACGUGGCGCAGCUCGAGGAACCGACGGACCGACUCGGAGAGGUGGAGAACCUCUCCGCGGGGGGGCCGAAGGCGACGCGCGAGAGCGACACGAGGUCCUUCCAGUGGAGCGAGAAGCGGCUUGGCCCUCCCAUGCUCGAGAGCAAGGCCUGCUCGGUGGCGUGGAACUCCGACGCGCCCUUCUCGGCGUGGCAGGAGCAGGACCCUCCGAUCUUCCCUGAGGCGGGCAUCGGCGCCCGCCGCCGCAUGCGCCCCCUGGAGGACAUGGACUACCAGCUGUUCCUCCCCAGGCACUGGAGCAACAAUUCGCUGUACCCCUACCCCGUGGUCAUCUACUUGCACAGCAAGGCGGAGCGCAAAUGGGCCGUGAUGAACUCCGGGAGCUUGCCCCGCCUGCUGGCCAGGAACCAGAGCACGUCGUUCGACAACCGCUCCUGCUGGUGCCUCAACUCGAGUUUUGAACAGGUCGAGAUGUUUCAGGAAAACAUGGCCAGCACGACAGAGGCGUACGACACGAGUGCAGCUCCAGCGUCGAUUGCACCCACUCGUGCUGAUUGCGACUUUGCCGACACUUUCAGGGCAUUGGUGAUCAUGCCACAGGGGUGGACAGGGCAAGAAUACCCUGGGUGGUACACUACUCAGUUUGAAAAACUCACAGCGCUAACGAGGGCCAUCAUGAAGAAGUUCAACGGCGAUGCGGACAGAGUCAUCGUCACCGGCGUGGCCGAGGGUGCCAAGGGCGCCCUGAAGUAUGCGAGCACCACAGGAUCGGGACUCGUCGCCUCUGUGAUUGUCGCUGACGCGCCAAAUGCAACGUUUAACGGCACAGGCUUGGACGAUGUCCCGGUUCUGGCCUCUGGCGAUGAGGGCGCCGGGCUUGCUGGCAUGGACGACUUGGUGUUGUCCUUGAAGGGGCGCACGCAUGGUACCGCCUUCACGCGCUACCGGCGGUACGUCACGUCGCCCGGCCCGGCCGACCCGUCCUUCGGCGGUAGGUACAACCACAGCUCGGACCUCCUCUACCGCGACCAGACCUUGUGGCAGUGGGCAUUCUCGAAGAGGAUCAGGGGCGGCCGGGGCAAGUGGGACUUGCCGGAGCUGGACUACGUGGCCGUCGGGGGGGACCAUCACUCCCAGCCUCGGCGACCAGAUAACGUUCCUGUGGGAGCGGACGAUGGCUCCCAGCCUCGGCAACCAGAUAGCACGAAGCCCAGCAGGCCUCACCACGCGAAGUCUACGUCAUAUAAGAAGCCAAACUAUCAUUGGUAGAAGCGUCCUACAGCUGUCGUGAAGCAUUGAUGCCCACCAGGCCUAAUCACACUGUAGGCUCCCAGGUCUAAAGUCCAGAGUAGAUGUGAAAGGGUUGCUGCCUUGGCCCAGCAUAACGCCCAUCCCCCGCCAAUGCGGAAAGGAAUGAUGCGGGUGGUCUCACGGGGAGAGGCAAACAGGGGAAGGCAGG